AUGUCCCGGCGCACAAUCGGCGGCGGAAGAGUCUUGGGAAGCGGUAGGACACUCGGGCCGCCGCUACCACCACUGAAGCCGACCUCACCCUCACCCCUCCCCACUCACGUCCUCAGCCCUGCAGCGUCGACUCUCUCCCUCAAUACCUCCGAGAGUGGCACGUCCACUCCGCCCUCCUCUGACCCCCAGGACAUUGCGUCUCGAGUUUCCCUCGACCAUGGAGCGCCAGAUUUGUCACUGGCGGCCGCUGCAACAGACCGCCUGGUCUGCCCGAUCUGCAACGAGGAAAUGGUCACUCUGCUACAGUUGAAUAGACAUCUUGACGACGCACAUAAGGAGAUAGAAGAGGAGCAGCAGGAUGAAGUGAAGGACUGGUUCAAGCAACAGAUGGUCAAGGCCAAGAAGUUUCAACCUCUGGCCGUCCUGAAUCAGAAACUCAAGGGUCUGGAUGUCUUCGAGUCCAACAACGACAUUUCUAGAACCACCACUCCUAUUCCAAGGCAGAACUCUGUUUCAAGAGACCAUGUUGCUCCUCCGCCGCCACCUCCGAAGCCAGCUCAGACCAUUAUCGACCCAGACGACAUCAUCACGAGGCAACAUUGGCAGAAGAGAACUGGUUAUGACAGCUGCUCGGACCCAGCGUGUGGGAAAAGGCUGGGUGCUACUACAGGCGUGGUAAACUGUCGGCACUGCGGGAAGCUCUUCUGUGACGAACAUACCAUGUAUCAAAUGAAGCUGUCAAGGUCGGCUCAGCAUGAGCCCGUUCGAGGUUUAUGGUAUCGAGUGUGUGAGACAUGCUACAAGAGUCGUGAGGGUUACACAGACAGACACGGCCUCGAAAGAGAUCGGAUGAGUGACUUUGAGUCUGUAAGGCGGAGUAAGCUGAGCCACAGGGAGAUGGAGGUGUCGAGGCUGGAGAAGAGACUGUCGAGAUUAACUCAACUCCUUGCAAACCCCCCAGAUGAGAUUCCUCAGCCGACUCCUAACAAGAGGUGGUCCCUUAACUGGGUUCAGAACGAUCCUCGAAAGGCACUCGAGCAGAGCAUAGUCUCGUGGCAGAACGAUGCUGAGGCCCCUCGAUGUCCUUAUUGCCAACAAGACUUCACACAGUACACCUUCCGCAGGCACCAUUGCAGGACGUGUGGAAAGGUUGUCUGUGGCGAUCCGGCGACUGGUUGCUCAACUGUCAUCGGCCUCAACGUCGCUACUACUAACACUCACCUCUCCAUCACAGAAAAGCCACCGCCAAACGAUACCAUCGCUCUCGACAUCCGCUUGUGCAAAGAGUGCAACCACACGAUCUUCUCCAGCCGUGACUUCCAAGCCUCACUGACCUCGCCCCAAAUCGAAGCCUUCACCCGUGCCUACACCAAUCUCCUCCAGUUCGAACGUGGCAUCCGCCUCUUGAUGCCCAAGUUUCAAAAGCUUCUCCAAGCACUCCAAGACCCUGACCGCCCCCCGUCAUCGCAACAGAUCACCGACGCAAGUCGCACUCGGAAGCGACUAAUGGACUCGUUCACCCAGUACGACACGGCCGCACGCCGAAUACGAGACAUGCCAUCCCAGUCACCCACACAGCUAAAACUGCAGAAAGCAAUCUACCAAAACGCCACGCAAUUCCUCCAUCUUCACAUGCUCCCGCUCAAAUCACUGCCCAAGGUCCUCAAGCACGCUACGCCACACGGCUCGUCACAAAAGCCAGACAUACACGGCAAUCCCAACCUGCGAGCCUCGCUCAGCAUUCUCAACGCCCCGGAUUCCGGACAUGUGCGCCAGAACUCGUCAUCGGCCCUCAGCGUCGCGAGUUUCACAUCGCAAAAUUCGCAACGGAUAUCCGAGCUCGAAGUGGAGGAGAAGUCGUUACGAGAACGGCUGAUCGUGCUGGAGGAGCAGAAGUUCUUGGUCCAGGAGAUGAUCGCGGACGCCAAUCGACGACGCAAGUUUGACGAAGUCGCUGCCUUGGCCGGGAACGUCGAAGAUCUCACCGCGGAAAUCGAUGGCGUCACCAAACUUGUCGAGGGGGUGCGCGGGGAAUUUGAAGGCCUGUACGGCGGAUCGGGCAUGAACACUCCGCAGAGGAGGGGGUCGGAUCUCGGAAAGGGCAAGAAUACAGAGAAUGGGUAG